CGCACCGAGCCGUUGCGUUUGAAACCCACAGAAAGAAUUCCCCCGCUCGACGACGGCGAGGGUGUGGGAGCUACUGGCAGGCAAACUGGUGGGAGCCGCCCGGCCCAGCCUGCCUUGCCGAGUCAGCGCGCUCUUGAGCCGCUGGGCCCUUCCCGGUGCCCGCCUGGCAGCGCGGCGCGGCUGGGGCAGGUGUCUGCUGGGGGCCGGGGACUAAGGGCUGUGGGCCCAUACACACACGUCUCAUCCCUUCUUUCCGGGGGCGGCAGAGCAGCAGCAGGAGACCGGGAGCAGGAAGGGUAGGGCGAGAGAAAAGCAGGAACUGGGCCGGGGGUGGGAGUCGGGCCGUUGACGCUCGCUCUGCGAGGGGCUCCCUGGGAACGCCCAGGCGAGCGUCUCCUGCGGGGCCCCGCCCCCCGAGUGCCUACAAUGGUGCCAGGCCCGCACCCAGUCCUCCGCGUGGCUUAGCGGGACAGCAUGGGCUGAGCCCAGGCGCCGAAAGUUGUCACGGCGGCGUCGCAAGGGGGCAGUGCCAGGGACUGUGGGGAGAGCCAGCCCUCCCCUUCCAGCUGUUCCCAGAUGUCAUUCUGCCCGUCCAGGCGCCUGGUUCCUGAGCUCCGCAGCAUUCCACUGUUCCUAAGCUACUGGUUUUUGUUGACUUUUAAAUAUUUUCUUCUAAGGGAGAGGGGGAGGGAGGCAAAAGUCAGGAAAGAGCAAAUAAAAACAAAUCAAAAUAAGCCCUCCCCUCCCCAAAAGAAAGCUGUCCUCCACCCACCCCUCCCACACAAAUAGAAGGCCUCUGAACCUAACCACCUUGCUGGAGCGAAAGCCAGACAGAACUGACCCACUUCUGCCAAGCCCCAUCCUCCUCUCCCUUUCUGGUGAAUGAGGGGUGGUGGUGGAUGUGUUCUAGCCCUGGGUGGACAGAGGGGCUUCCAGAAAGAGAGGAGGAGGAUGGCCAGUGGGAAUGGGCUUCCUUCAUCCUCGGCCCUGGUGGCCAAGGGCCCCUGCGCCCUGGGCCCAUUCCCCAGAUACAUCUGGAUCCACCAGGACACACCCCAAGACAGCCUAGACAAGACUUGCCAUGAAAUCUGGAAGAGAGUUCAAGGCCUGCCUGAGGCCUCACAGCCCUGGACCUCCAUGGAGCAGCUCUCUGUCCCUGUGGAUGGAACUCUAAGAGGCAAUGAGCUCAGCUUUCAAGAAGAAGCUCUGGAGCUCAGCAGUGGCAAAGAUGAGAUCUCCUUGUUGGUGGAACAGGAGUUCCUAAGCCUCACCAAAGAGCACUCGAUCCUGGUCGAAGAGAGUUCUGGGGAGCUGGAGGUACCCGGCAGCUCUCCCGAGGGGACCAGAGAGCUGGCUCCCUGCAUUCUUGCCCCUCCUCUAGUGGCAGGCAGUAAUGAGCGCCCCAGAGCCUCCAUCAUUGUCGGAGACAAGCUUCUGAAGCAGAAGGUGGCCAUGCCCGUUAUCAGCAGCAGGCAGGACUGCGAUUCUGCCAUGUCUACUGUCACAGACAUUCUGUGUGCCGCCGAGGUCAAGAGCUGCAAGGGGACAGAGGACAGGGGCCGCAUCCUAGGUGACUCCAACUUGGAAGUCAGCAAGCUUCUGUCCCAGUUCCCACUGAAGUCCACUGAGACAUCCAAGGUCCCUGACAACAAGAAUGUGCUGGACAAGACAAGGGUCACCAAGGACUUCCUACAGGACAACCUGUUCAGUGGCCCUGGACCCAAGGAGCCCACAGGGCUGAGCCCAUUUCUGCUGCUGCCUCCCCCACCUCCUCCUGCACGUCCUGACAAGCUCCCUGAGCUCCCUGCUCAGAAGAGGCAGCUCCCAGUGUUUUCCAAGAUCUGUUCCAAGCCCAAGGCUGACCCUGCUGUGGAGAGGCACCACUUGAUGGAAUGGAGCCCUGGCACCAAGGAGCCAAAAAAGGGUCAAGGGAGCCUCUUUCUCAGCCAGUGGCCCCAGAGCCAGAAGGACGCCUGUGGUGAGGAGGGUUGCUGGGACGCAGUGGGCACCGCAUCACUGACCCUGCCGCCCAAGAAACCUACAUGUCCAGCCGAGAAGAACUUGCUCUAUGAGUUCCUUGGGGCCACCAAGAACCCAAGCAGGCAGCCGAGACUUCGAAACAAAGUGGAAGUGGAUGGGCCGGAGCUGAAAUUUAACGCACCUGUGACGGUUGCUGACAAGAACAACCCGAAGUACACAGGGAAUGUUUUCACUCCACACUUUCCUACAGCCAUGACCUCAGCAACCCUGAACCAGCCACUCUGGCUCAACCUGAACUAUCCACCUCCACCAGUGUUCACGAAUCACUCUACCUUCUUGCAGUAUCAGGGCCUGUACCCACAGCAGGCAGCGAGGAUGCCCUAUCAGCAGGCUUUGCACCCCCAGCUGGGUUGUUACUCCCAACAGGUGACGCCAUACAACCCACAGCAGAUGGGACAGCAGAUCUUCCACUCUUCCUACACCCCACUGCUGAGCUACAUCCCUUUUGUCCAGCCCAAUUAUCCCUACCCUCAGAGGACACCUCCAAAGAUGUCUGCCAACCCCCGAGACCCUCCCCCAAUGGCAGGAGAUGGACCGCAGUACCUCUUUCCCCAAGGAUAUGGAGGUUGGAGGAGUGGGAAGGCAGCCCAAGGAAGGAGCAGCCUGAGAAGUGAGAGACAGCCUGGGGAAAGCCAGAGACAGUGGAGGCAAAGAGGAAGGUUCGGCUCGACAUCCGGAGGGCCCUUGAUGCACAGCCCCUAUUUUUCCUCCAGUGGGAAUGGCAUAAACUUUUAGAUCUCCUCUUCUCCCUUCUCCUCCCUUAGCCCUUGGAUCAGGACUAGGGGCUCUGAUUUUUGGAUUCUGCAAAAGCUUGGUAUGAAGUUUGGAAAAGCAAGGUUCUGACCAGGUCACAGACAAAACAGCAAGACCAGAUUCAUCUAUUGGCCAACACUGACACAAAAAUAGCCCUCCUCACACAUGGCACAAGCUACACACACACACACACACACACACACAUGACCCUCAUAUUCAUACUUGCUUGCUCAACCACUUAUGCAUCUGUAUUUAGCUAACAUGAGUGAUUUUUGUUUUUGUUUUUGUUGGUAAAUUAGAAGUAAGACACUUAAUUUUAGAAAGUUUGUAUUUUAUGAUAAAAGUAUGAGCUGCUUGAAAUGGA